UAUAGGGCUUGGUCACUCGCUCCCCGCUUCUCUCUGCAAAGGCCACGCCACGUCCCAUUUGGCAUCGCUCUCAUCUCCAUCUCCCACUCUCAUUUGGCUUCGACUUGUCUCUUCUUGUCUUUUCUCUACUUGUUGGCUACCAGUGGCCGGCAUCCUCGUACCGCGCCCAUCGACACGGCCAAACGGCAAGCGCGCUCGACAACAACACCUCUCCGUUUCCCAGCGGAAACCAGCAAACACCCACCUGAGGGGCCCACGCACGCCACACCAUCACUCAGCCAGCCACGCCGCCGCCGCCGCCCUCGCCAGAGUUUACUUGACACUCUUCGCAUCGCACACUCCUCUCCCUCUCGUACCACCUCCCACAUCACCGACCACAAUGGCUCCCGCACAACACGCUGGAAGCGGCGUCGAGCGACGCGAGCUUACCGAGGAGGGCGAGAAGGGCCUCAAGGUUGUCGUUCCCGCCGUCAUCGGUGCCAUCUUUGGCAUAGCCUUUGUCGCCGUGGUCAUCAUCGGUGUCAUUGUGCGCGUGCGCAUGAAGCGGCGCGAGAAGAAGUUCUGGAAGCAGGCCGAGGCGCGCAACUCGAUACGCCAGAGCCGCAUGAUGGCCCUCUCGGAGCAGGGCAGCAUCGCAACGCGCGACAGCUACGCGACGCUUGACUCGUUGGCGUCGGGCGUCUCCGGUCCGCAGAUCUACAACUCGGCGCUCCUCCCGUCUUUCCCAUCCGAGCGCAGCCUGCGCGCGAGCAUGAUGAGCUCUCACUCGUCUUACUCGAGCCCGUAUGACUCGAGCCCUUUGGCGCGCAGUGCAACGGCCUCGAGAAUCGAUGACCCAUGGGACGCACGCUCGGACGCCGAUCCAGGAGAGGCCGUCCCCAUGCUCGCCACCAACCGCUCGCCCCGGCCCUCGUUGAUCAUCGACACGGGCUCGAGUAAGCCCCCAGCCUACAACAAGACGUACACGUCCUCGUCCCAAUACCCUCAAGUCAUCGUGUCUGAGCCUUCCGAAAUUCACAACGCCCCAGAGCCGCCAGCCAAGCCAGCCAAGCAGGGGCAGUACUCUGCCGCGCCACCGAACUCGGAAGCGGCCAGAGCCGGCGCCAUAGCCGCGGCAGCCGCCCAGCUUGAGGGCCAUGACUACGAGUACACGCAGGCGGUCGCGAACGCAGCCGCUGCUGCUGCCGCAGAACAGGGAAUGAGCACCGGCCAUGCCAGCAAGCAGUCGACGCACGAGAUCGUGCGAAACGAUGGCGGGCUCGUCCGCCCCUCGACCAUCGUCCAGGUUGAACCUGCCGCUCUUCCUGUCCGCCAGAAGAGCCUUUCCGCCGAGGUCGAGGGAAAGGCGCAGUAGACUCCUCACAUGGACGCAAGUCCAUCCCCUGUUUCUAUCACGCCGCGCGCCGGGUGCCGCGGCCGCACACGACAGACACCCAUUACCUAGACAGGCUGUAUUGUAGGACAGUGCAUUUAUAGCAUGAGGCAUAAUGUUUGCCCG